CCUCCCUCCUCUCCCCCUUCCCUCCGAUGUACCGGGGUGCCGCCGGGUCCUGCGCGCUGAUUGGCUGAGGAGGGGAGACCUGCGUCAGACCGCUGGAGCUGACGCCACGGGGGGUUAUCAAGACUGAGUUGGGAGAAAGAUCGCGAUGAAGAACCAAGGCGGGGAGACCAAAGCAGCCCCGCGGCCUGCUAGCUCUUCCAAAAUGAGCAGCGGUCUGGUGGAGGAAGGCGACUCGCCGGAGGCCGCAGCACCCCUGGAAGCUCCUCUUGCACAGGAGGACACCAAGUCCUCCCGGCCUGCCGUGCGUGACGUCUCCGAAGAGCUAAGCAGACAGCUUGAGGACAUCUUGAACACAUACUGUGUGGAUGCCAGCCAGGAGGGUCCAGGCGAGGACGGCGGGCAGAGUGAGCCCGCGGAGCCGGAAGAAGCCGAGAAGUGUCGUAGCGAGUCCCCAAGGAACGGUGAGCAGGAGACCGGCAGCCCCGAGAUGAACGGGGAGAAGGAAGGCACAAAGGGGACUGAAGAGUUUCGACCUGGCGAGGAGUGUGGGGAGCGGGAUCAGAAGAAGGCUCAGGAAAAGAAGAAAGCCAAGGGCCUAGGCAAAGAAAUCACUUUGCUGAUGCAGACGCUGAACACCCUGAGCACGCCAGAGGAGAAACUAGCAGCACUGUGCAAGAAAUACGCUGAGCUGCUGGAAGAGCACCGUAACUCCCAGAAACAGAUGAAGAUCUUGCAGAAGAAGCAGACGCAGCUGGUGCAAGAGAAGGACCACCUGCAGAGCGAGCACAGCAAGGCCAUCCUGGCCCGCAGCAAGCUGGAGAGCCUGUGCCGCGAGCUCCAGAGACACAACCGUACCCUCAAGGAGGAGGGUGUCCAGCGUGCACGGGAGGAAGAGGAGAAGCGGAAAGAGGUGACAUCCCACUUCCAGGUGACGCUGAACGACAUCCAGCUCCAGAUGGAGCAGCACAACGAGAGGAACUCCAAGCUGCGCCAGGAGAACAUGGAACUGGCAGAGCGGCUCAAGAAGCUCAUCGAGCAGUAUGAGCUGCGGGAGGAGCACAUUGAUAAGGUGUUCAAACACAAGGACCUGCAGCAGCAGCUGGUGGACGCCAAGCUCCAGCAGGCACAGGAAAUGCUGAAGGAAGCAGAGGAGAGACACCAGCGGGAGAAGGACUUUCUGCUGAAGGAAGCUGUGGAGUCACAGAGGAUGUGUGAGCUGAUGAAGCAGCAGGAGACCCAUCUCAAGCAGCAGCUGGCUCUCUACACAGAGAAGUUUGAAGAAUUCCAGAACACCCUUUCCAAAAGCAGUGAAGUGUUCACAACGUUUAAACAGGAGAUGGAGAAGAUGACUAAGAAAAUCAAGAAGCUGGAGAAAGAGACCACUAUGUACCGCUCUCGCUGGGAAAGCAGCAACAAGGCUCUCUUGGAAAUGGCUGAAGAGAAAACCCUUCGGGACAAAGAGUUAGAGGGGCUUCAGGUGAAAAUCCAGCGCUUGGAGAAACUGUGCCGAGCCCUGCAAACGGAGCGUAACGACCUCAAUAAGAAGGUGCAGGACCUGUGUGCCCACGCGCCCCGGGCAGACACGGACCCGUUGGAGCCGUUGAAGGACCCAUCUCGGGACGGUUCCGAGGCGGCGGCGGGAGGUUCUCCAGCAGAGCAGCGCCUGGCUGAGGAUUGCCUUCACUCAGGAAAGCCGACACACAGCACGGAUCCUGCAGAGAGCCUGGGAGAACUGAGCAUAGGAGCCUUGGGGCGGAGUGGGACUGAGGAAGGCACUCAGGGCGCUGACUGAGCCCGUUGUGCGGUAGGCAGAGGUAGGGCAAGGGAGGGUAACGUGAAUGUUUCCGCCGACUCGAUCUGAUGCCCCUCUCCUGGUCCUUGGACAGGCGCGAGAGGACAGCCCUCCUGGGGAUUUGAGAUUUCCUAGCUUAGGUUUUUGGAGGGUUUUUAAGAUUUUAUAUAUAUAUAUAUAUGAUAUAUAUAUGAUAUAUAAAAUAUGUGCAGGGCAACGUACACUUUAUAUAUGGAUAUACAUGAAACCUAGAAUGACCCACCUCCCUGCGUGUGCGUGAAUAACUAAUAUAUGGAGACCCAAUUGAUCGUCCCCUUCACUAAAAGACCUUGUCAUUGGCAGGCUGCGACUCCCCUAAAACCGAGCGCAGCUCAGGGAAGCAGCCUCCAGCUUCACGGCGACUCUCGCACCGAGUGAAAGCAAACGAGCUGAGCAGGGGAGAACCGAAGUGUUUCCCAGGGCCGGAUUCUCCCUCCCUCCUCUGCCUCAGGCAGGAGGGAGCUCCGGGACUCGCUCUUGUUUCCUCGUGCCCUGGCUGGCGGCUCUCGUGUGUGAGCUGAGCAGAUAAGGGUGAAAGAGGCCGUUUCCCCUCCUCCGUGUGGGUUUUGUGUAUUGAAUGGGGACAAAAUGAAGCAGAGAAACGGGGGGGUGCCCGGUUCACCCAGGCCUCCCGCGGGGCCUUUGCUCUUCCCAGAACCUGCCAAUGUCUCGAUAGCCUUAUGAUUCACAGUUGCCUCUUUGCUAUACGCACAUGUGCACAAGUGUAUUAAACAGUUAAUCCAAAGGUCUAAUUCCCAAGUGUUUUGCACAAGUGCGUGUGAUCAGUUGUGCAAGGGGAUGGGGAGGUUCCACCUGAGCUCCUCUGCCCCUGUGUCAGGACCUGCCCGGCCCAUCCCUCGGUGCUGAGCGGGCGGUCUCGGAGGCGUCCGCGGAGCUGGGGCUCCAGGAGGAUAAAACCUGUGUCUGCUCCACGACCUGCUGCUUAAGCCGAAUCGUUGGGACCAGCACAAGGCCCGGGCUGUGGGCUGGUCCC